AUGGUUUUAAAAAAAAGAAAUAGUGAUUAAAUUUUUUGGGAUUAUAAUCUACAUCAUCCAUCCAAUCUUGACACUUUAGCCUAAAAGAGCUUAAGAGUUUUGGUCUCGAUUAGCACUCAAGACAAUAAGAAUGUAAUUCAGAAUAGACUAAUAAAUAAUGAUUUCCUAUAUUUAUCAAACUCUAAAAGGUUCAAACAAAUAAGAUAGUAGAACACUAGGAGAUUUCUUUUUUAUAAUGUGGCUUAAUAUAUUACAGAUUUCUGAG